AUUAGUGCUUGCGGGGCCGCGGCAGAGGGGACCGUGCAGCCUGCUCGCUCGUACUCGCCAACGGGCCCGCGCACCGCCCACCUGAGCUGCGGCCAGGGCUACUGGGUAGCGGGGCUGCACGCUCCGCCGCCGCUGGGGACGGAGAGGCAGCUAGUUCCAGCUCCGACAUGGGGAACUGGCGAAGUUGACUAGCCCCCAACGCACGCUGCACCCCGCUUGCCCAGAGGGGCUGCAGCCUGUGGUCUGUCGCGCGUGCUUGCUUGCCAGCAGAGCGUCCCCAGAGAGAGGAUUUGGAGGGGGGUCGUUCCCCCAGGGUAGACGUGCAACCCAGCCGCGGGGUCUGGACGGCCUGGAUGCGCAGGACCCAAACCCGCAGCCGCUGACGCCUGACAGCGGCGAAGUUUGGUCGCUGAGCGGCGCGGCGCGGGGCCACUGGACAGCGGGCCGCCCCGCGGCCGCAGCAGACGGAGCGAUGCCCGUGGGGGGCCUGUUGCCGCUCUUCAGCAGCCCCGCGGGCGGCGGCCUGGGCGGUGGCCUGGGCGGGGGGCUAGGCGGCAGCGGCGGCAGCAGGAAGGGAUCGGGCCCCGCCGCCUUCCGCCUGACGGAGAAGUUCGUGCUGCUGCUAGUGUUCAGCGCCUUCAUCACGCUCUGCUUCGGGGCGAUCUUCUUCCUACCCGACUCCUCCAAGCUGCUCAGCGGGGUCCUGUUCCACUCCAGCCCCGCCCAGCAGCCGGCCGCCGACCACAAACCCGGGCCCGGGGCGCGCGCAGAGGACGCGGCAGAGGGGCGAGCCCGGCGCCGCGAGGAGGGCGCGCCGGGAGACCCGGCGGCUUCCCUGGAGGACAACUUGGCCCGGAUCCGCGAAAACCAUGAGCGGGCUCUCAGGGAAGCCAAGGAGACCCUGCAAAAGCUGCCUGAGGAAAUCCAAAGAGACAUCCUGUUGGAGAAAGAGAAGGUGGCCCAGGACCAGCUGCGUGACAAGGCAGCGCCCAGGGGACUGCCCCAGGUGAAUUUCGUGCCCCCCAUCGGGGCGGAGGGCCCCGAGCCCGAAGACCUCGCCAUCCGCGACAAGAGGGCAAAGAUCAAAGAGAUGAUGAAACAUGCUUGGUAUAAUUAUAAACGUUAUGCUUGGGGAUUAAAUGAACUGAAACCUAUAUCAAAAGAAGGCCAUUCAAGCAGUUUGUUUGGUAACAUCAAAGGAGCAACAAUAGUAGAUGCCCUGGAUACACUCUUUAUUAUGGGGAUGAAAGAUGAAUUUCAAGAUGCAAAAUCAUGGAUUGAAAAAAAUUUAGAUUUUAAUGUGAAUGCUGAAAUCUCUGUUUUUGAAGUAAAUAUACGCUUCGUUGGUGGACUGCUCUCAGCCUACUAUCUGUCCGGAGAAGAGAUAUUUCGAAAGAAAGCAGUGGAGCUUGGGGUAAAAUUGCUACCUGCAUUUCAUACUCCUUCUGGAAUACCUUGGGCACUACUGAAUAUGAAAAGUGGAAUUGGAAGGAACUGGCCCUGGGCCUCAGGAGGCAGCAGUAUUCUGGCAGAAUUUGGAACCUUGCAUCUGGAGUUUAUGCACUUGAGCCACUUAUCAGGAAACCCCAUCUUUGCUGAAAAGGUAAAGAAUAUUCGAGCAGUCCUGAACCAUCUGGAAAAACCACAAGGCCUUUAUCCUAACUAUCUGAAUCCCAGUAGUGGACAGUGGGGUCAACAUCAUGUAUCAGUUGGAGGACUUGGUGACAGCUUUUAUGAAUAUUUGCUAAAGGCAUGGUUAAUGUCUGACAAGACAGAUGUAGAAGCUAAGAAGAUGUAUUUUGAUGCUGUUCAGGCAAUUGAGACUCACUUGAUCCGCAAGUCUAGUGGGGGACUGACUUACAUCGCUGAGUGGAAAGGCGGUCUCCUAGAGCACAAGAUGGGACACCUGACCUGCUUUGCUGGAGGCAUGUUUGCACUUGGGGCUGAUGGAGCACCCUCAAGCCUAGCCCAGCAUUAUCUUGAACUAGGGGCUGAAAUUGCCCGUACCUGUCAUGAAUCUUAUAAUCGCACAUAUGUGAAACUGGGACCAGAAGCUUUCAGAUUUGAUGGUGGUGUUGAAGCAAUUGCUACAAGGCAAAAUGAAAAAUACUACAUCCUACGACCAGAAGUUGUUGAGACUUAUAUGUACAUGUGGCGACUGACUCAUGAUCCAAAGUACAGGAAAUGGGCCUGGGAAGCUGUAGAGGCCCUAGAGAAUCACUGCAAAGUGAAUGGAGGCUAUUCAGGCCUAAGGGAUGUGUACCUUCGACAUGAGAGCUACGAUGAUGUUCAGCAAAGUUUCUUCCUGGCAGAGACUCUAAAGUAUUUGUAUUUAAUAUUUUCUGAUGAUGACCUUCUUCCACUGGAACACUGGAUCUUUAAUACCGAGGCACACCUUCUCCCCAUACUCCGUAUGGAUAAAAUGGCAGUGGAAGUCAAAGAAAAAUAAAAAGACAUUUUAUAUUUUACUCUGCUCCAUUCCCUUCACUGCGUACUAUAAUAAUUCCUUUUCUGGUAUUCAGGCACAUAAUGCAUUUUUAUUAAUAGGUCUGUGAUUAUUCUAAGUUUUAAAAUUGUUUUGCAGUCUUUUAGGUUUAUUAUCAGACGCAUAGAUGGACCUAAAUUUCUCAUUAUUUCCCCAGUGGAGCCACAGGGUUUUUCUGUUUUAAGUAGUCUAUUAUCUCUGGAGUUCAUGAAGUCAUAGUAUCGUUUUUAUUAUACUGAAUAGGAUGGUAUACCAAUGACCUCUUAAUUACAGUUUUGAUUUGACUGCAAAACUUUUUCCUCCUCUAUGAGGAGAUGAUGUCUGCUUUAAGCUGUAAUGUUUUGCCAUGUUGCAAAAAGCCAUAUUAAUAAAUUAAGUAUUAAAAAAGCGUUUUUCUUUUUAAGUUCAUGUUAACCUGGUUUGUCUAUCCACCAGAGACAGAUCUUAUAACUGUGACAGCCACCUUCUUAUGCGGGUCUAUCAUUGUUUGAUAGAAUAUCUUCUAAAAUCUUCACUGUCAUUGUAAUUCAAAUUAGGAAAUCAUCCCAAAAGGAUCAUCUCAUAUUGACCUCAUUUCAUUCAAACUGAAGUAUAUUUUUGUUGAUUCAUUAUAUUGUUGUU